AUGGUCAUCGGGAAGCUGGGCCUGAGCUCCCUCUUCCACACGAAGCCCAAGGAAGAGGCCUCGCCGUCACCUCCUCGAGGCGACCCGGCCGCGGCGCCGGCGUGGGCAUGGCCGUCCUGCAAGCACCCAAGAACGCGGUCCUUCCACGACGCGCCGCCACCGCCCGGCGCGAGAACGCUCGCCUCCAUCUUCCUCGACUCCGCCGAGAGCUCCUUCACCAACUCCUCCGCGCGGCGCGACUGCUCCGACAGCCCCUCCACGGCGUCCGAGGCCUCCAUACUGGAGGAGAAGGUGCCGGCGGAGGCGUUCGUGGGCGGCCUGGCCGUGGCGUUCGAGUCGGCGGACCCAUACGGGGACUUCCGGGCGUCGAUGCAGGAGAUGGUGGCCGCGCACGGGGCCGGCGGCUGGGGCUGUGGCUGGGGCUGGCUGGAGGAGAUGCUGGGCUGGUACCUGCGCGCCAACGGCAAGGACACGCACGGCGCCAUCGUGGCCGCCUUCGUCGACGUCGUCGUCUCCGUCGCCGACCCCGGCCGCGGCUCCUCCUGCUCGUCCCGGAGCUCCUCCUGCGCGUCCGUCGACGGGGAUCAGUAA